AACCUGAAAUUAGUUAAAAAGUGAACACUUUUUUUUUAAUCAACGUUAUACUGUUCAAGUGUCAGAUAUACAACCUGGAAUUAGUAAAACAAGUGACUUCAUUUUUGAAAAUCAAUUCUUAUCAAAUGUCAAAAAUGUAAGAUUGUAAAAAAGGGUUAGGAUGUAACCUUACUACUAUACUACGUCUAUGCAGUUUUAUGCAAACUCGAACAGUUUAUGUAAACAUUCACAUUAACGUUUGGUCGCGAAAACCAGGAUGCUGUAUUGUCAACUGUUGGAUCUGUUAGCAGACGCUGAAGAACACAACGUUUUACUUGUGCUUGUUAUUAUAUUGGCGUGAGACUUGCGGUAUCCGUGGAUGGGUCCUAAACGAUCGUAAAUAUCACAAAUCUCUGUGGCAUUUAUGAUCAAUAUUGUUUGUUUGUUUUUCUAUUAAAGAAUACGCAGAAUGCUGGUCAGACUGUUCAUGACCACAGUGGUCAGAUGAUUGACCAACAUGUGCUGCAGUGGACUCGACUUUUUCUUCUGUCUAGCGUUUGUGUCACAAUCAAAUGAAAACAAGCGAUUAUCGACAAAAUGCAUCCACGACGAGCGUAUUGAACCGGUUUUCUGUUUCAUCCUAUACAUUCCCGAUGGUGGAGGUCACUGCCGAGCUGAUUGUGAAGUAAAAUAGACCGAUAUGAGUUCAGAUUGUGUCCUAGACCUACACAACAACGUUAAUCGAGAGACGAUCUUCAUUAAUUAGCUCCACAGAUUGACAGCAGGCACAUUGUGUAUACUCUUGUGUAUAUUACCUUACAAAGAGGCUGCUUUUGACCGAUGUAUAUUGAUUUUGACAAAUUUGAACGUUGUUAAACGAGGAAUGUUUACUAAUCUGUUGAACGUGGCAUUGCAAUGUUUUGUAAAACAAGAACUAAAAGUUUGUUAUGACCCUAGGUCAGAUAAGUUCACUUGUGGUAAGAUGAUGAAAUGCAUUAAAAAAAAACAAAUAGUGCAGUGAAGAAGUCAGAGUAAAAAAAAAACAUAAAACCAGGAGAUAACUCUACGCAUGGUGAUUCGAUCUGAGGUGUUACAGGUUCCGGUAAAGUUCACGGUCAAGUGGAACGAGACCACAUGUGCUAACAAGUCAAGACCCGAUGAGGCAGAAUGGAACGUCAUGUCACUAGAAGAAACACGUCGAACCCAGCGACCAUAUCGCUAUGGGAUGAUGCUGUUAUGUGUUGGCGCAUUGGUGAAUUGGUUGGGUCUGGCCGAAAAUUAUUCAGAACCAGUACGAUACGCGGGAGUUGCAUGUAUUUUAGGUGCCUGUCUCAUAUGUACUGCAAUGUGUUGUUGGCUUCACACACCCGGUCGAUCGGGAACGAAUGGUGACGAGGGCGAUGAUCCUGUUCACGUCAUUAGUGCUAAUGAUGAACGAAGGCGUGAAAAGCCUCCCGACUACGACACUGUAGCUGCCGCCCCACCAAGCUACGACGAUGCGAUCAAGCUUGAUCCUGCCGCUCUUUUACACUUGUCAAUAGCAUCGAACGCAAAUGUCAGCAGUAAUGCGAACAUUAAUUACAUCUCUACAGUACAUCCCAGCUCAUCCCAUACAAUGAGUAAUAGUAAUUGUACUGAAACCGUUCAAAGCACUGAAGGUAGCCAAAUACUAGACUGUUCUAUUACCGUGUGCGAUGAAAAAAUGUGUUCCGAGAAACCACCUCCCUACGCAGAACCAGUCGUCUGUGGCACAAGUAUUUCAUCUGACGAACGAACAUCUCGCAGUACUAACUGAACUACCGGGAUGCGUUUAGCUUUAUCACGAAUAUAACGAACUUUCUAUAAUGUUUUGCGUUGAAGUUUCCUGUCCUUCUAAAUCAGGAAACAAUAAGCAAAACACAGAAAUCAUGGCUGUGUUCGUAUUUCUUAAAUUGUAAGCUUCCGUUUCCUGCACAGAAAUGUUCUAGUUAUAUAUCAAAUCCCGAAGAGCGAUAGAACGUAGGUGUCUGCAGCACUCAACUAAAAUGCUGUACAGUAUUAGCGAUGCCAUAAUUGAAGCGAACGAUGUUCGUAAGAAGACAGCGUAUUUAUACUUAAAUCAUGCUCAACACUCCCAACAUAGUUGAGGAUUUCUAUCGUUUCUAACAGUCGUAAUAGUGUUUACGCAAAAAUAAAGGAAUUGUAGCUAGGGAACCUUAUUUACAUUAGCACUCGGUCGAUAGGAGCAUAAGGAAAAUAUCCAACCGAUUCUAGGGAACUGAAUGUACAUAUGAUCACGGAUGUAAUCCUGCCUUAUAUUUGGGUUUAUUUGUGUGAUAAUAGUACCAUAAGUCAAUAAAGAUUCCCAUUAUCAUGUAUCCAUUA